ACAUCUAAGGACAGCAUGUCUGACAACCAACAAUAUAGGAGGAGAAGCAAAGAAGGUUGUGGAAAUGUUGCUCUUCCAAAUGCAGAUAAGAUAAUGAAAGAAAUGCAUCAGUCAUGCAAAGCUCUAGAAAAAAACAGAUCUGUAGCACCAACAUCCAGCCCCUGGCCAGAUCAGCAAAUGCCAUGUUUUCCCAGUAAAAAGCAGUCAGCAUUACAGAUGAGACAUCACACUCCUUUGCCUUUCUUCCUCAAGAAAGAGAAAACAGGGCAUGGCUUUGACUUCAGCUUUCUGCUACAGGACUCAUGCCCAGAAUCCAACAUUUCAAAAUCAUUUCUGGAUAUAAAUGGUUUUCAGAUAAUAAAAGCACAAACACAACAAAGGUUAACAAUAACAAUGUUAGGAACCAGGAGCAAUAAAUCCAAGUUUCAUUUGCCACCAGGGACAUUUCAGCCUGUAAGAACACUUCAUCUUUCUCCUCUAGAGGAUAAUAUUCUCAAUGAAACCAGCAGUAUUUUGGGUAUUAUGAACUGUAUUCCUCAGCCUACAAAGCCAGCUACUAAAUUUUAUCAGUAUCAGUUGGACAAUCUGUUAAAAAGGCACACUGAAAAAUCAUCAGAUCUGAUUCUGGUUACUAUUUCUGAUAAGUUUGCUCCAGUGAAAGACCUGCUCUACUUCAGCAUGAGGAACUCUUGUGAACACCCCAGCAACAAGAAAGAAGAAAUUCAAAGCAACUUAAAAUGGAAGGAAGCUGAAGUAGCUGCCAGUACUGAAAAGCAUGAGCAGAUGAAGUACCAGGUUUCAGUGGGUUUUAAGAAGGCAGAUCUUAUGACUCAAGCCAGUUUCUGUGAUGACAGUCACCUGUACUUGAGCUCAGGUAAUAGCCUGAUAAACUGUGGAAUAUUUGCAUCUCAGACAACAUUUGCAAUGUCAAGCAAUGGAGAUGCCUCAAGUGCUGGCAAUAAAGAAAGAGCAGAGAAUUGCUGUAGAACUGGUCUAGAAGAAGGAAAUGCUGCAGAGAUACUGGAUUACAGACAAGAUGAAGAUCCUGAGAGUACAAACUUUGUGCUUGACUAUCAUGAUUUGGAUUCUUCCUGUGAAAAUGAAGUGCUAGAGGCCUUAGAAGAUCAAUCUUUAGCUGCAGAAAUUCCCAGAGCAGAAGUGCAAGAUCCUUGUGGAAAACAGAGAGAAAAUACUCUUUGUCUCGUUGGAUUUGAAAAGGAAAAGGAAGCCCUGUCAGAGGUAACUUCAAAAGACCAAAGUGAGCUUGUACCUGUUGUUCAUGUUACAUUUUCUGAACAAGGACCAGGCAGGCAAACAAACAUUGCUCAACGACCUGCCACAAAAAAGUCUGUCAUUCAGAGCCUCCCUCCUCAUGUUACUCAGAGCUUCAACAUUCUUGCUCGCAGAGAAAAUGAAAAAGGUAAAAUAAGCAUGAACAGAAAUAAAUAUUCAUUAAAAUCUAAAAUGAGCAGCAAGAUAAAGAUUUCUGAAGGCUUGAUCAUUUCUGAUGAGAUUGCCACAAAAUGCAACACCAAGAGUCGGGUAUUUCCAUCUUUGGAACUGCCACAUGUGGCACCUGUGACUUCCCUGAGGUGUCAAAAAAAAACCCCUCGAGCAGACAAAGAGCACUCUGCUCAGAGUGCUCAGAAACUUAAAAAACAAAGUUUCUCCUGCUGUUGCAGAAAUCCAGUUAUCCUAAAGAACUCUGCUACCCCACUGUCUCUACCACAUGCACAGUCUGCUUCAGGUUUUGUAGAUCUGAAAUACAGCGACAUGUUUGAGAAAAUCAACUCAAAUGACAAAGGCCCAGGAAUUUAUGAGAUGUUUGGAACCCCUGUCUAUUCCCACAUGCGUGAGCUUGAUCAACGUGAGAGCAGAUUGUACAGAGAUGUUUGUUCUGCUCCAUCUAUGAGGAGCACUGCUGGCACCUGCAGACCUACCUGCAGCAAAGGGAGAGAGAGCAACCGAGUAAGAAGCACUCAAAAGAGAACAUAUCUGAAGCCAAAGAAGACCAUACCUGGCACUAAGAAGCAGAAAAGUUUCAUUACAAAGGACCAAAGUGCUGAGUUGAGUGACAGCAACACAGCAAAAGAUAAUGUAAUAGCUUCUGAUUCAGACUAUCAAAUAAACCUUUCAAGGAGCAUGACUUUAUGUCAUGAACAUACAGAUCACCAGCUUACAGUUUUAGACCUUUCACAAUCAACUAAGCAGAAGAAUUUUUUCCCAAAUUCAAACUUAACAACUAUUAAAGAAGUUUCUUUAGAGCAGACUUUAGAUGCUCAGGGUUUACCCAGCCAUCAGGGAGCUGCUACCAGUAGCCAGAAUCUGCUUCAGUUCAGUAAUAGUGGCUACAGAGAAUGUGUUGCUCCAAGCAGCAGUUUGCUGACAACAGACCAGCACGUUUGUGCACCCCAGUGCUUGGUGAAUGAGGAUGACUGCAAAGGCCUAGAAUCAGACCAGACCUCCUUCAAGUCUAUAAAUAAAUAUGAAGCAUUGCCCAUUUUAGAUGUCACAGACAUUUCCCCGACAAAAAACCUAAAUUGGGCAGACACACCUCAAAACAGCAGUUUGGCAAACGAAUUGAUUCAGCCUUCAGUGAUCCAGAGGAAAAAUAUUACAAGCCCCAGUUUCCAGACAAGUCAAAACCUUUUGUCCUGGGCAGAUAAUAAGUAUGUGACUGAUGAGUUGCUUUGUUGUCUGGCUGAAGAGUUGCUAAUGCUUGAAGAAAAAGACAUCAACUCAUCAGGAACAAAAAAUACAGGUCCUAAAAUGCAAAACACACAUGCUAAAGAAGAAGAAAAUAUGAUGGAUGGAAGUGGAGCAGCAGUAAAUAAUCUUCUAAAGAAGCAGAGCUACAGAAAAGCCUUUUUGGCAUUAAAUGAAGAAAGCGACCUGCAAAACUUUGAGGAAUCUGCUAAAUUACCAGGAAGCAGUGUAAUUAACAAAGAUCCCAUCAUGUGGACAAGAGGUGAAAUCCUUGGAAAGGGAGCCUAUGGCACGGUAUACUGUGGUCUGACAAGCCAGGGACAAUUAAUAGCUGUCAAACAGGUUGUUUUGGGUACAUCAGAUCAACUCACUACAGAAAAGGAGUAUCAGAAGUUUCAUGAGGAAGUUGAUCUUUUGAAGACAUUGAAGCAUGUCAAUAUUGUAACUUAUUUAGGAACUUGUCUGGAAGACAACAUUUUAAGCAUUUUCAUGGAGUUUGUUCCUGGUGGCUCCAUUUCCAGCAUUAUCAAUCGUUUCGGCCCAUUGCCGGAAAUCGUCCUUUGUAAAUACACAAAACAAAUCCUGCAAGGGGUCUCCUAUUUGCAUGACAAUUGUGUGGUGCACAGAGAUAUCAAAGGCAACAAUGUUAUGCUGAUGCCAAAUGGUGUAAUCAAGCUAAUUGACUUUGGCUGUGCCCGGCGUUUAGCUUGGGUGAGCCUCAGCGGGAUGCAGAGCGAGACGCUCAAGUCAGUGCGUGGGACUCCCUACUGGAUGGCCCCAGAAGUCAUAUGUGAAUCUGGAUAUGGGAGGAAAUCAGACAUCUGGAGCCUUGGCUGCACCGUGUUUGAGAUGGCAACAGGAAAACCACCCCUGGCAUCCAUGGAUAGGAUAGCAGCCAUGUUCUAUAUCGGGGUCCACAGGGGACUGAUGCCUUCCCUGCCUGAUCGAUUCUCUGGCACUGCAGUGGAUUUUGUGAGUGCCUGCUUAACCAGGGAUCAACAUGAACGCCCUUCUGCUCUGCAGCUGCUGGACCAUCCCUUUGUGAAAGGAAGACAGUGA